AUGUCCAACUACAGGAGUAUGGAGUCAUCCAUCAAGAACCUGGAGAUACAAAGAAGAGUGCAAGAAGAAGAGAAAGAUGAAGGAGACCAGUUUGAGGAAGGAAGGGUAAACAAAGAAGGAGAGAAUGAGGAAGAAGAGAAGAAGGAAGAAGAGAAGAAGGUCUUAACCUCUAAGACCAAAAGCCAGCUAGCCCGGCAGGCUAGGAAAGAAGAGCCACCAACCCCUUUAAAGGAGCCCUCGUAUCCCUUAAUGCCAUCAAAGAAGAAUAAAGAGCUCUACUUCAAGCGUUUCUUGGAGAUAUUCAAGGGGUUGGAGAUAACCAUGUCAUUUGGGGAAGUCUUGCAGCAGAUGUCGUUUUACACCAAAUUCAUGAUGGAUAUCCUCACCAAGAAAGGGAAGUACAUUGACAAUGAAAACAUUGUGGUGGGAGGCAACUACAGUGCGGUGAUACAGAGGAAGUUGCCCAAGAAAUUUAAAGACCCCGGGAGCGUGACAAUCCCUUUCACCAUAUGGAAUGUGUCAGUAAGGAAGGCUCUCAUUGACUUAGGGGCACACAUAAACUUGAUGCCCCUGUCAAUGUGUAGAAGAAUUGGAAACUUGAAGAUAGACCCUACCAAGAUGACGCUCCAACUCACAGACCAAUCAAUCAUAAGACCAUACGGGGUAGUAAAAGAUGUCUUCGUCAAAGUCCGCCACUUUACUUUGCCGGUGGAUUUUGUCAUCAUGGACAUAGAAGAAGAUACAAAGAUUCCUCUUAUCCUAGGUAGACCCUUCAUGCUGACUUCCAACUGUGUAGUAGAUAUAGGAAAUGACAAUCUGGAAAUGAGCGUCGACGACCAAAAGGUAACCUUCAACCUUUUCGAAGCAAUUAAAUAUACAAAGGAAGAUAUGAGGUGCUUUAAGGCGGAGGAGGUCGAUAAAGAAGACGUCAAUACUCUUCAAACCACACAGACUUCACUAGAGAAAGCUUUGAUCAAUGUUGUGGAUUGUCUAACCAGUGAAGAGGAGAAGGAUCUAAGGGCUUGCUUGGAAGACUUAGAUCGUGAAGAAAAUAUUCCUAUAGGGGGGACCAGUUUUGAAGAAUUGAAAAGCGGGAGUCCAUUCGAGAAGACCAAGGUGGAGAUAAAGAUCCUACCCAACCAUCUAAAGUAUGUGUUAUUGGAGGAGAAUGAGACCAAGCCUAUGGUGAUCAGCAGUGACCUAACAGCAGAGGAAGAGAACACGCUGGUAGAGGUCCUUAAGAGACACGGGGAGGCAAUUGGGUGGCACAUAUCAGAUUUCAAAGGAAUCAUCCCUGCCUACUAUAUGCACAAGAUAAUGAUGGAGGAAGAUUACAGAACAGUUAGACAGCCCUAG